CGCACAUCUUUCAUCGCUGUCAUAGAGGAGGGCACCCGUGUCUGUUUGGAUUGUCUGGUUCCUGACUCCACACAGCUUAUCAAAUUGUUAUUACACAGCAGAUGGGACGCGCUUCAUUUCUUUAAUUCCAUUCACGCAAAGCGCCGCGGCGCCCCGCUCCCUACGAGGGCUGGUGAAAAUGGAUUGAAGUUCGGCCAAUUAAGAGUGUGGCGCAACGCCCGCGCGAGCCUACUCCUGAUGACUUCCUAAUGUGUUCAUACAACCAAAGCCUUCUGUUGCGGAAACAACAACACAACAGGGAGGAGAAUCGAUCCGAUUGAUCAGUAAUAAACUUGAUGGAGUGGGCGGACCCGGCGGGAGGACGGUGGCGCAAUUAGGCGAUGAUUUGGAGCGCGCGGAGCUAUCCUUCACGUAGAGCGGCUCCCCCAGUCAGCGGCGGAGUCGUGCACGGAGAAGCCCGAAAGGAGCGGAUGGGGAUCGAGGCGUGCACGCGCGCGUCCGCGGAGCGGACUUGAAUGAGAAGAGCGGGGAGGGGGGGUCUUAUGCGCAAAGUGGCUGAGAGGAUAUGGAGGAGAAUCAGCUCUCCCUUCCUCCCUCCUUCCCUCACCCCUCUCCUCUUCUCCUUCACUGACACUGCAGCAGGUAGUGGAGCGACUAGCCCGAGGAGCUCGCCACGAGGUCCUCUGCUGUCAUUCUGACAGCUGUUUCUCUGGAUCUGCCAGGAGAUGAGUGUGUGGAGGAUCAGCAGAAGAUGUGACUUGUGGAUUAGGCGCUCUACCUCAUAGCCAGAAAGCUGCUUUACCUGCUGCAUCCCUCUGGUUUAUGCGUUUUCUUCCCUGGAACACGAUUUGCUCAUGGGGCUCGGAUAACUCCACGUCUGGGGUUCUUUACCCCCUCCUCGUUGACCAGUAGGGAGGUCCAGCUUUAUCGAACUUUCAAAAAUCAACUUUGUCUUCUGUGAUCAUGGAAGCUCAGUGGAGCCCAGCUUCCUGCCCUUCCUCCACCAUCUUCCUGCUCCUGGCCACCUCUUACACCUGGUUCCUUCCUGUCACCUCCCCCCAGCGAGUCCCCACGGACCCCCAGGCAGCUCCGGAAUACGCUCACUCUAUCCGGCUCGAUGGUGACAUCAUACUCGGAGGAUUAUUUCCUGUUCACACUCGUGGCGACCGCGGCACGCCAUGUGGGGAGCUUAAAAAGGAGAAGGGCAUCCAUCGCUUGGAGGCCAUGAUGUUCGCCAUCGACCUGAUCAACAAGGACCCCGAACUGCUUCCCAACAUCACCCUGGGGGCCCGGAUCUUGGAUACCUGCUCCAGGGACACGUACGCUUUGGAGCAGUCCCUGACGUUCGUCCAGGCCUUGAUAGAACGGGACGGCUCAGAUGUUCGCUGCGCUAACGGAGACCCCCCGAUCUUCACUAAACCUGAUAAAAUCGUUGGUGUGAUCGGAGCUUCGUCCAGCUCCGUGUCCAUCAUGGUGGCCAACAUCCUCCGCCUGUUUAAGAUCCCCCAGAUCAGCUAUGCCUCCACAGCUCCUGAGCUGAGUGACAACAGUCGCUAUGACUUCUUCUCCCGUGUUGUGCCGCCUGACUCCUACCAGGCCCAGGCCAUGAUGGACAUCGUCACGGCCAUGGAGUGGAACUACGUGUCCACGCUGGCCUCGGAGGGAAACUACGGGGAAAGCGGUGUGGAAGCCUUCAUCCAGAUAUCCAGAGAAACUGGUAGGAACUAUUUAUUUUCACCCCUAAAACAGCUCUUGAGCCUUUUUGAUGCACAUCAUGAAGCUGAUCCGACGAGGAUGUUGCUCCUUUCUAAUUUCUUACCUUCAUAAAGAGAUCAUUGGUCCGUUUUCCACUUGUUUUAUGUAUAUACGUAUAUUGCAUAAGCACACAGGGAAUAACUGUAUCUUUGCAUAUUGCGCUUGAGAAUUAACAGAACUGGGGCAUCCAGCAGCUUAUUGAGCAGAAAGUCAACCUCCUUGUAGACUAAGGUACACGUCCUGUUUUUUGCAGCGUUUCUUCCCCUUCUUCCUGCCUACGUCCUGCCCUCUUUCUGCUUGUUCUACUUGAAGUAAAGGCCACAAGAUGCAACCAGAUUAUAUAAAUAAAACCCUGCAGUGACAUCUGCAAACAGCGUCUUAUGCAUUCCUGCGUGAACACUUUGAUUAUAUCAACCAGCACAAAGUAACUAAAUGGAACACACAGCAAUAGAAGACUAAUGCUCAUUCAUCUUCUAAUUAGUAUAAGUGAUUCUUACAGUACACAGCUGCUUUAUACUGUGUGAAAAGCUCCUCUUUCUCAGUUCAUUAAAUCCCAGCAGUCAUCUGAAGGCAGCAGGGCGCGUAAUUAACAUGGCUUACAGUCGUGAAUGCCAUCGCCUCCCUCCCGGCGUUCCUUUUUUAUGAAUACUAGUAUUUUCUGUUGGUUUUUCUGACGUUAAUUACAGUGAGAAUGUUGCCGUACAAUCUCAUACAUGACAUGGGACCGAUAAUGACACAGGAGAGAGAGGACAUACAGCUGAAAUUACCCUGACUGAUUGAGAACUUCUCAUGUUUUAGCUCGUUUAUGGGGUUCCAAAUGUGCCAAAAUUAUUUGUUCAGUUCAUAUGGUCACUGCACAAGUGAGUGAAAGUGACAAUGUGUAUUUCUGCCAUUAAUCUCUGGAAAUAUUCAUCAAAACGUUGUUGAAAAUGAUUAAAAUGAUGUCGAUUUGUUGAAAAAUAUUGGCAGCUUCAUGCCACAAAACCAUAGAAAUCAGGUCUAAAGUACAUCAGGCGCUGGUCUACCAUCUCUGGGGGACUCCAUAUUAGACACCAUGUUUCCUUCUGGUUGGCUCGGGGUUCUGCGCCUGUCUGACAUCACACUAGAUGGCUGGCUGGACUUACAGAAGUUACGUUACCACAUUCAAAAACAUGUAGGCAGUGAGAAAUAUGAAUUUAAUAACAAGACCACUAAACUCUUUCCAAAGCAUAUGUGAAAUAACAGAAUCAAAAAAGAGAUGCACUAUAUUUUGGCUGACUGGUAUUGCCGUAGUAUGACAUAAUUGGCAGGCGAAGGACCAUGAGCAGGUCCAGAAAGUACAGCGCUAGAAAACUGCACGGCCAUCAAAGUCUGAGGAGUCAUGUUAAGGUUGAAUGCUUUCUUUUCCACAGGUAACCUUUACCGUAAUGUUUUUUUAAACUAGUGACAGUCACAUUCAUAUGGUGUUAAACUACCCUGAAAUGUAUGUCCUGUUCAGACGACAUCAGGUAAAAUCACAGUCGGACAACAGAUUACAACAACAGAACAUGACAACAUCACGUGGCAAUGGCCUGACAACAGAGAAAACUGACAUCACAUGUCGACAGGCGACAGAGUAGGAAAACAGCUGGACAAGGUGACAAGAACAACAAAUUUAACACGUUCUUGGCACAAAUGGAACCCCAUAUCUGUUUGUUCUCCACCUGAGUUUGGCUGUAGCUUUGAGCGGUUUGGGGAACAUUUAGUGCCAAAAUCCAGACAAUAAUCAGUUUUUCUGAAAAAGCCUUUGUUUUUCAAACCAAUAAAGCCAACGAUGUGACUAACUGGGAGUAACGUGACUAAUUGGGAGUGAAGUGAUCACUGUGCCAAGCAUAAAUUUCACUUCAGCAAACUUUUAUUAAACAAACAAUAAAGUUGCUUCUGCCAAGGAGCCGCUGCAAAGGAGGGCAUGAGUAUUUCUGAAGAGUGGAAAGUUACUUUUGCUAAAAGUAAAGCAUUCAUUUGACGCUUGUGUUGGAUAUAAUAAAGAAGAGUGGAUUUAAUCCACUCAGGUUUGCAACAGGUGUCAUUAUAUGUAGUUGCUACUGUGUAGCAUCUAGGGGAAACAGAAUACCAGACGAGGCUUGGCUUCCUCUGAAAGUAAAUCAGAAUCGACCCGCACGAGUGCAACUUCUUCAGUUCUCUCUGCAGUGACCUUACUCGUGCAGUCUGCUGAUGGCGCUAGGUGUAGGCAAUGCAGAUCAAUGAAAAGGACUUUGAAUGAUUUUCCCACAUAAUUUAAAAACGUGAGCCUCAGAUUUCUUUGAACUUCAAUUCAAUUCAAUUCAAGUUUAUUUAUAUAGCGCUAAAUCACGACAAGAGUCGUCUCAAGGCACUUCACAUAAUAAACAUUCCAAUUCACAGUUUAUUAAGCCAAUCAGAAAUAAUGUUUCCUAUAUAAGGAACCCAGCACAUUGCAUCAAGUCACUGACUAGUGUCAGUGACUAUACAGCAAUCCUCAUACUAAGCAAGCAUAAAGCGACAGUGGAGAGGAAAACUCCCUUUUAACAGGAAGAAACCUCCAGAGAAUCCUGGCUCAGUAUAAGCAGCCAUCCUCCACGACUCACUGGGGAUCGAGAACUCUGUUCUUCGGUUAAGUCCCUUCACUUUACCUUUCAUUUAACUCUGUGGGUUGUCUUAAACUGAGGUGAAUGGCAUACAUGUCUGUAUAGAUUAGAUCUGCACACAGAACUUGUCCAUUUUGGUCAUUUUUAAUGGAAAUUGUAAAUGUUAGUUAGCAAUUUUAGCACAUUUUAUUAGCCUGGCCUGCCAGACUCUGUUGAAUUCUGCACACAGAGAAAGGGUCUGGGAACUCUCCUGUUCAAAUAACCCCACCUCGUGAGAAUUCUAACCGAGCCAAUCAGCGCUGACUGAGUAGCGUACGUCACACACCACAAUGCCGAGUUUGUUGUCCAUGGCGACUGAAGCGGUAUUUACUCUUUUCUCUGUUCUAAAUGACUUGGACUCGUCUUUAAAACAACAAGUAGAAGCGCUAAAAGCCUUAUUUCUAAAGAAAGGUGUUUUGCUGUUGCCAGACGCCAUUUUUGACUACAGCUAAAAAAACGACAGCGUCGCGGACGUCACACAGCGCCGCCCAGUUUCUCAUAAACAACGAAGACAUCAGCGGACUUCACUUUGGCUCUUUCCUCUGUUCUUAAUGACUUGAAUGUCUUUAAAACUGCAACAAGUAGAUGCGCUAAAAGCCUUUCUUUUUAAGAAAUAAAAGAUGUUUACGCCGUUGCCAGACGCCAUUUUUACUACAGCUAUAAAACUACAGUAUCACGCGGUACAGUUGGCAUGUCCAUCUUUUUUUCUGAUUGGUUAUUUUUGAACUGCCUAGUCCCGCCCCUCGGGUGCCUUUCUGCCUGUGAGUUACCAGACUCUUUCUCUGUGCAGAAUUAAACAGAGGAUGAGUCUGGCA